GCGCUGUUUCAAAACGCCGGUUUAAAAAUGCCACAUCAUGAAGUUAGUCCUUUUUGAGUUUCCGUAGUAACUGUUGUCAUUCCACACUCAAAACUACAAAUUUAAUUCAUGUUUUAGUUUAUAACUAAGCAACUUUAAACUAUAGAUCUGCGAUACUUUCUUAAUCGGCAUGGCGCUAGGUUUAUUAUAAACUCUGGAAAAUCUUUUUUUAUUCGUUUACAGUGUUUCCUUUUGAUACCUGUCCGAUGGGAUUAUUAUGUGGAGCGCUGUGUGGUGUUAUCGUUACAUUAGUAACCGUGUUUAUUUUGCGAAUAUUUGUGACAUUACGGCAUGGAUCUAAACAUAAACCGGGAAAGAAGGGGCCUGUGUCGGUUCUGGUGGUGGCAGGAUCAGGUCAAAUCAACCUCUCAUCUCAAAUAGUCAGAAAACAUAAUGGAGGACACACGACUGAAAUCAUUCGUUUGAUGGGGGCUUUAUCUCCGUUUUAUAAACCUCGACACUAUGUCCUCGCUGACACUGAUAAAAUGAGUGAAGAGAAGAUCCGAGCAUUUGAAGCAGAGAGGGAAAAAACAUGUUCAGCAUCACAGUUCACUCUUCACCGGAUUCCUCGCAGUCGGGAGGUGCGUCAGUCAUGGAGUUCCUCUGUUCUGACUUCCCUGAGCGCUCUGGUGUCGUCCAUUCCGUUGCUCUUCAGACUGCAGCCGGAUGUGGUACUGUGUAACGGACCAGGGACGUGUGUCCCACUGUGUGCCGCUGGCAUCCUCCUGGGUGUCCUGGGCGUGAAAAGGGUUUUGAUCGUCUUUGUGGAGAGCAUCUGCCGGGUGGAGACGCUAUCCCUGUCUGGAAAGAUUCUCUAUUACUUUGCUGACUAUUUCUUUGUGCAGUGGGUUCCAUUGAAGGACAAAUACCCCAAAGCUAUAUACUUGGGGAGAUUGGUGUGAGGAGAACUCCAACCGUGUAUUGUCCUCAAUUGUUUGAGAAUUACAUGUUUUUAUUGUUUUUCUUUACAGUGACGCUGUGAAGCGUUUCAUUCCUAUGCAGUUACUGAAGUGCUGAAUAAACAGCUUGGUUAGAUCUCAGGGAUGUCUGUUUUUUUCGGUCAGACUGAGAACUGAAGUCCAGAGGUUGAGAAACCUGAGAAAAAUUCUUACUUGUUCAUAGUUACACAUGCAUUGGCCUCAUUCUUCUGUUUGUGAUCAAGAAAUGAUAUGGUUAUUUUCUCACUCAAGAAAAAAUACUGUAAAAAAAUGCAUGAGGGUAUUAAUAGCAUUAAAGAGAUAGUUCACCUAAAAUUUAAAGUCUGUAUAUGACACUUUUUUCUGUGAAACAGAAAAGAAGAUAUUUUGAGAAAUGUCUCGUGAUUUUUUUGUCCAUACAAUGGAGGUCAAGGGGGGAGGGUGUUGUUUGGUUACAGAAAAUCAUAGAGGAUUGAAAUGACAUGCAGGUGAAUAAAUUAUUCAAUCAUUUUCGUUUUGGGCGAGCCAAAUGUUUUUAUUAGCACAUUCUUUGUCAGUGGCUUUGUGCAAAAUGUCCUGCUCACCACAGAAUGCUAAUGCACUUCAUUGUUGAACUCUUCCUGCGAUGACAUGUGGUUUCAGAGGAAACA